AUCUCAAUCUUCCAAUCCCGUCUAUGAUCUGUCCAUUUCUUGUUUCUCCUCGAAGCUUCGCGUUUCACGAGGCUCUCGUUCGCGUUCCUUCUUCGAUUUCGUUUCUGUGAAACUCGAGGAAAUUUCAUCCACUGGGGUUCGUUUGAUUUGGGGAUUUGUUCAGUGGGAUUUGAGUUUCGAUGCCCAUGGCGACCGCGCCCUUGAAUAAAAUUGAGCGAGCGCACCAGAUGUAUCGGGAGGGGCUCUAUGUGGAAGCCCUGAGAUUCUACACUGAAGCGCUUGCCAUGGCCAAGACCAAGUCCCAGAGGAUCGCGCUCCAUAGCAAUAGAGCUGCCUGUCAUUUGAAACUUCAUGAUUUUAAGAAGGCAGCGGAAGAAUGUACGUGGGUUCUUGAGCUUGAUCACAAGCACACCGGAGCGCUAAUGCUCCGUGCCCAGACUCUUGUUACCCUGAAGGAAUACCAUUCAGCUCUCUUUGAUGUCAACAGACUUAUAGAACUGAACCCAACAUCAGAAGUUUAUCAAAAUCUUCAAACUCGUCUCAAGACGCAAUUGUCACUUGCUCCAAUACCUGAAUCAGAAGCAGAGCUUGAAGAGGAAGAGGAAGAGGAAGAGGAGGAAUAUGAUGUUGAGUUCAAUGCAUAUGCAGCCAGCGAGAUGUGCAAAGAGGAAAAAGAAAAUUCAGUAUCUCCAAGUAUUGAGCGGGUGCAGAAACCUGAGCACAAUUGCAGUUUGACCGAAAAUACCGAUGUCCAGACAACUCGGGGCUACAGUGGAUUUUCUGAAGAUGGAAACAGUCAGAAAGCUGAGGUGAAAAUGACUACUAGAACUGAAGUUGUUGCCCCUCAAGCACAGAGCAUGAAGGGUACAAUGGACCAAGGUUCCAAGGGCUGGAAAACAAUCCCAAAACCAAAGGGACACUCAACUUUAGACUAUGCACGGUGGGACCGAGUCGAGGAUGAUUCUAGUGAAGACGACGAUGACGAUGAAGAAGAAGAGUCUGGACCUCAAUACCGUUUUCGUGUUAGAACUGUUGGAGUUAGAUCGGUGAAGUGAACUGAACAUACAACAUACAAUCAAAUGUCUUGCUGUCUUGAUAGAGAACUGACACAACGAGCAACUCGAAACCUUGUGGAUUCAGAGAUUCACAUGUUUUAAAUAUCAACAUCAAUGAUACUUUCAGAUCUACAUGAUGAGGUUUCCGUCACGAGGAAGAUUAGCACCAUGGAUGAUCUGAUCGACGAGCAAGCUCUACACAUGAUAUCUUAAACAAAGCUCCCAACUUAUGUCGUAGUUUGGUUUGAGUAAUGUGUCUGCAGCAGAACAUCACAUUCCGGGUGGUUAUCAGAAAUGGAUAAUAUUUCUGGCGUCUAAUGUUCAAUGCUGGCUUUUCGUUCGCCCGAGAAAAUGAUGUAAAUACUAUUAUCAGCCGCUAUCCACGGCGAAUUGUUGGUAGACUCAGCAGCAGAGUAAGGUUCAAAUUUCCUGAUACCUGAAAGAAACAAACAGUUGUAAUGUCAUGGUGAUAAGGUAAUUGAAUGGAUUGUUAAUCUUGUUUUUUUACUUUUGUUCCUUUCUUUGUUUUGUUUCGUUUCUUUUUUCUGGCAUUUCGGAAGCCAUGGAUGAUGUUUCGGCUAGUUUCGUGAAUAAUUUGAGAGUUGAAACAAAAAUUUGGCCAGAACAAGCAAAAUCAUGGGUAUUAGCUAACCAGUAAAUGUAGAGGUAAGCCAUUCUCUUUC